AUGAAUCUAGAUGAUGAUUCGCCCGACGAAGGGAGGGUAGUUAAACAAAAGUGUAAUAAAAAUGAUCCUGAUUUCGAAAAAUUUACAAUAACAGAUGACGAUACCACUGUAGAUGAUAAUAUAACUAUUUUAGAUGAUCAUAUACAAACUUACUUUGAUAAUGAAAGCAUAUGUGAUGAUGCAUCUAUUGACAGUAGUUGUGAUGAUAUUUACAGUAUUUGUUCAUGUUGUAAUGACGAUAUUUCUUCAGACGAAGAGCUUAAUACUGAAAUUGAUAACGAAGUUUUAGCUGGACCUGAUUUUGAAGCAUGGGACUGUAGUUACUAUUUAAGAUCAGAAAUUUUUGGUGUAGCAGAUGAUAAAGACCGAUUCAAACAUAUUAUUCUUGGUGGUAUUUUUUUAACGGACGCGGAACCUAAAUCAGAAUUUAUGAAUCUUUAUAAUGAAGAAUUGUGUAAUCAAGUUAUCGACUUAAUGGACAAUGGUGUUGAUAUAUUUAAUCAUUCAACCAAGAAAACUUGUAAUCUAAAAUUUGCAUUACUUUGCUGUUGUGUUGAUACGCCGGCACGCGCAACUUGUCAAAAUCGUGUAAAAUUUAGCGGUUUCUAUGGAUGUAGUUGGUGUUACGAACCCGGUUUUUAUGUAGGUCAUGCGGUCCACUAUCCACUAAGUGAAAUUGAACCAGACUUACGAACACAUACAAGUCAUUUAGCCAAUAUGAAGGAAAUAGAAGAAAUAAAAAAGUCCUCUGUCAUCAAAAAUAAGACACCAACAGUUAUGGGUGUCAAAGGGUCUAUGAUUUUUGUGGAAAAAUUGCCGUUUUUUGAUAGUAUUUGGGGGUUCCCGAUAGAUUACAUGCACGGUUGUUUGUUUGGAGUAACACGCCAGGUUUUGGAAUUAUUAAAAACACCCGGAGUAAAAUAUAAAUUAACCAAGCAAAACCGCGAAGCUGUUGAUCAACGUUUAAUGUCGAUAAAACCACCUCAUGAAAUAUAUAAAUUACCCCGACCAACUGCUGAUAUGAGUAAGUGGAAAGCGUCUGAAUUUGAAUCUUGGCUUUUAUAUUGGAGUCUUUUAUGUCUCGAUGGCAUUGCAAAUCCAGAAUUUUUGGAAAUGUAUGCUCUUUUUGUUCGAGGUGUUUUUACUUUACUUAAAAGAGACAUAACAAAAGAAGAUAUUGCGAGAACCGAGUACGACUUAACUAAAUUUGUUGGAACAUUUCAAAUUGAAUUUUCAAAGUCAGCGAUGACGUUCAAUUUACACUCCGUCAGGCAUUUGUGUAAAUCUGUACUAGAAACUGGACCAAUGACAGGAACAUCAGCUUUUAUAUUCGAAAAUGGAAUUUUUAAUUUUAAAAAAGAAAUUACUGGUCCCCGAAGCGAUCGUUAUAGUACUGAAAAAGACGGUACUAUAAUUUCAAACAUUGAGUCAAGUAAGGAAACAAAUUAUGAUUCCAAAGUCAAAAAGAAUAAAUGUAGCAAGCGGAAAAAAAAUGAUGACACUUUCAUCUCGCAAUCUGAUGGGCAUUGUAACAAAGAAAAUGAGCCCAUAUGUCCAAAGAAAUUAAAGAAAGAGACGGAAUUGCCUAAGAAAAAAGAAAUAAUUCAAAAGAACAAUGAAUUAAUUACUCAACAAAUUAUUAUGGUAAAAUCGAAAAAAGACGAAGCUUUUGAAAGACCUGUAGAAUCAGAUGAAUGUAAAGUUGACAAAAAUAAAUCAGUUCCGAGUAAACGAAUUCAGUCAUUGACUCAUUCUGACAAUACAUUGGCUCUGAUUGACAGAACAAUUGAGUUACCAUUAACAGUUUACGAAGCUGGCUCAUCACAACAUGGCACUGUACCAUUUGAAAUGAAAACAAAAUCAUCUGAUGACCCAACUACUUCGAAUGUUUUGAAAUCUGGAAAAGCAAAGAAAAAAAAACAUCAUGAUAAUAAAAAGGAUGAGUUGAUCGUGCGAAUGAGUGAAAUUGAACGCCGUAUUGAAGACCUCAAAAAAGAAUUAGAACUUCAAAGAAAAAUGAUCCAAAAAAUAUUGGAUUUUUGA